ACAUCGCGAUACUCCCGAGUGUGUGAGUUCAGCAGCUAGUAUUGGAGCUCGACGCUAGCAUCUCUCUGCUCCUCAACCAGAUCGAUCCAGUCCCUCCUCCGUUAAACCAGAUUGAUACAGUCCUCGGGACCAGGUGAAGACCACGAUGGCAGAGACAGACCCCAAGUCGGUGCAGGACCUCACAAACGUGGUCCAGACGCUGCUCCAGCAGAUGCAGGACAAGUUCCAGACCAUGUCGGACCAGAUCAUCGGGAGGAUCGACGAGAUGAGCACACGCAUCGAUGACCUUGAGAAGAACAUCGCCGACCUCAUGACCCAAGCGGGGGUGGAGGAGAUCGAGGCUCCGCCCGAGAAACCCAAGGAGGGUCAGGGGUCGUAAUACAGGUUACCAAACAACCAGGCAUGAGGCCCCCCCCCCCCCCCCCCCCCCGGGCCAGAGGACCCCAGCGCCGACCCAUUCUGUUACGGAGACGUGGGAAAUGAUUGAUUUUUACAUAUUGAUAUUGUGAUCUAGUUAUUUAGUGACUUGACCAACGUACCGUUAUCUGGAAACUGAGACUUCUGCCCACGGGGGGGGGGGGGGGCAGAGUAUAGAGGGGGGCACUACGUAGGGGGAGGGGUCAGAGUAUAGAGGGGGGGCACUACGUAGGGGUGGGGCAGAGUAUAGAGGAGGGGCACUACGUAGAGGGUGGGUCCAUGAUGCUCAUCCCAGGUAAAGAGUCAACAUCUCAGGCCUUGAAAAGUCGUUUUUGUGCCAAGUUGGGGAUGCAUUCCAAAUGUGAGUGAUUUAAUUCUAAUAAAAGGUAUUUAAAUA